AUCAGCUCUCCUACGGCCUACAAUCAACAACAUGGCAGCGUCACUCAAGUCAGUUUUGAUCCAACCAAAGGCAGCACAUACAGGCACUGUCAUUUGGCUUCAUGGUCUUGGAGACAGUGGAGCGGGAUGGUCCUUCAUGGCCGAGCAUUUGGCCACGCAAUUCCCCAACAUCAAAUGGGUGCUUCCAAAUGCACCCAAUAUUCCCAUCACUCUAAAUGGAGGAUAUCGUAUGCCUGGAUGGUUCGAUCUGACUGGGUUGACUUUCAGUGAGAAAAUGGUCGAAGACGAAAAAGGCAUGUUGAGUACCGUAAGCACAGUCAAUCAGCUUAUUCGUAGCGAAGUGGAUAGUGGAACUCCAUCGAACCGAAUUGUCCUUGGAGGCUUUUCUCAAGGAUCUGCAAUGUCUUUGCUGACCGGACUUACAUCAGAAUACAAAUUUGCUGGCAUCAUCGGUUUGAGUGGAUGGCUUCCUUUGCACUCAAAGAUAUCCGCGAUGGCCAGCGAUGCUAACAAGAAGACCCCUAUUUUUAUGGGACACGGUGACAUCGAUCCGGUUGUGCAGUUCGCAUAUGGAUCACAAUCAGCUGCUGCACUUAAAGCCAAGGGCUACAAUGUUGACUUUCACAGUUAUCCUGGCGUUGUGCAUACUGCCAGCGACGAGGAAAUUGCAGAUGUUGCCAACUUCUUGAAGAAGGUUUUGCCUUCUGUUUAAAAUUCAAUGAUUGAGGAGAAGUUCAUUGCAACUGGAUACCUUGAUUUCCUGAGAGUAGUAGAUGGUGUAAUACAGUCUAGAGGACAAUAAAAUUAUUCACAACUGAGCAUAUGUUGGCCGUG